AUGCCAAAGACAAGACAUUCAAAAAUCAAAACAUGUGACCCUUUUUGUCCACAAUCACGAAAAGAUGCAGAAGUUAAAUCUCACCAACCAGAAGACCUUCCAUAUAAAGAAGAAAAUGAUUUAAAAAUUCCUCGUAAAUUAAAAACAAUGCAAUAUCUCCUCGAACAUAAUGGUAAACCAAAUAUCCAGUCUUCAGAAAAAAGAAGAAAAGAACUUGCAAAAAUAACAGGUCAAAUUAAAAAAACAGAGGCAAAAAAGAUAAGGUCAGAUGAAUUUUCAAUAAAAAGAAAACUUCAAAAAGAAGACAAAGAACUUGCUCGUUUAUUAAAAGAAAAACAUAGAUUAGAAGAAAUGCUUAAAUAA